CACUAAUUGAUGGGCUUUCGUCUAGUAUAGUCAAACGAACGGUUUCAUAAAAAACGGUCAAAAAUAAAAUAAAAGUGUUUUUCAAAAAGUUCCCGAACAAAAAUAAACACGGCAUAAAGGAUGGCGGUGCGAAUAUUGAGAAUAGUUUUAUUGGCAUUAUUUAGCAUUUUAUUACUCAUAUUACACAGCGCCGCUGGCGCAACAGUUUCAGAGACGAGUUUGAAUGCACCCGGUGGACGUAUCAUUAAUGGCACUUUGGCCAGCUUAAACGCCACCAAACAUCAGGUGUCCAUUCGUAGACGUUCUCGUGAUAUUUAUCUCUUCGGAUCUGGUCAUAUUUGUGGCGGUUCGUUAAUCGAGCCGAAUGUUGUGCUCUCAGCGGCGCACUGUUUCGUCAAUCAAGAGCUCGAUACCGGCGUUUAUCGUCCGACCUCACAGUUCAUUGUCGUUAUGGGCACUUUGGAUCGCUUCGAACGUACUCCGUAUACGUUACAGUUCGAUAUUGAACGUAUUGUUUAUGGCAUUAAUCCAUUCAAUUUGGCUACAUAUGAAAAUGACAUUGCACUGUUGUUUCUAAAUGGUUCCGUGCCGGCGGAUCAUCCCACCAUACAAACAAUUAAGAGAGCUACUAUAGCGACGGCAGCUGGUACCGUUUGUCAGGCGACGGGUUGGGGUCAAACCGAAAAGGGAAUUCUAGCCCAAAAUUUGUUAUCUGUCGAUUUGCCCAUAAUCGGCUACAAUCAGUGUACGACAGAUACCGAUUUCGCCUCGGGCCUCAUACGUCAAGGUAUGAUUUGCGCCGGAUAUAUGAGGGGUGAACGUGAUGCUUGCGCUGGUGAUUCGGGCGGUCCGCUGGUGUGUAACAAAUCGCUCACGGGUAUUGUCUCUUGGGGUAUUGAGUGUGCUUUGCCACGCUUGCCCGGUGUUUAUACAGAUGUCGCCUAUUAUUCCGAUUGGAUUGCUAAUGCUGUGCAGGGCAAUGGUGAUAAUGCGCGUGUAAAUAACACGCAAACGGGUAAUAGUACGGGAACCGGCAAUAAUACGCGACCUGGGAACAGCACUGGCAGUGGCGGCAGUGGCGGUAGUGGGGGUAGCGGGGGUGGUGGUGGUGGCGCUAUGUCGAGCUUCUCCCACUCGGCUGUGUUGUUGGUGUUGGCUGUCGCCUGGACUACACUCAUGAGCUAUUUAAAUUGAAAUUAUCAUUUUUGUUAUUCGCUCUUGAUGUGAACUUUUAGGAUAUUCAGUAUUUUAUUUUACUCUAAAUUGUUAAUAAAUGAGAUUUUGUUUGUUGGAUCAAAGUAUUUGAAA